UUAGUUUCCGAUGUACCGUUGUUUCGCAGUGGUGCCUGAAUGCACCCUUUCGCCCAGCGAUGACGUAACGACGCUUACCCUCGUCCGGUUGGGUCUGGACUCACAUUUAUUGCACCGGCACAGUGACGUUAUGCAAAGCAGGAGGUCAUGGCUUGGAAAUCGAAGUCCCGCAAUCUACAGGUGUUUGACACGGAGCUGAGUGCCGACACGGUGGAGUGGUGUCCUGUUCCAUCGAGCCACGACAUCCUGGCCUGCGGGACAUAUCAGCUGCAGAAAGGGGCAGGGGAGGAGGAGGCCCCCCCAAGCCGGACUGGUCGUUUGUACCUUUUUGAAUUCCGGCAGGAGGGAUCCUUGAGUCCUCCACUCACGGAGCUACAGCGCAUUGACACCGCGGCCAUUUUAGAUUUGAAAUGGUGCCAUGUGCCGCUGUCAGGGAGGGGCGUGCUGGGAAUGGCAACUGCCACUGGAGAGCUGCAGCUGUACACACUGUCAGACAGUCAGGAAGGUGGCCGUAGACUGCACACUCUGAGCAGUUUGGAGGUGGGAGCAGAGCGGCUGGCUCUGUCAUUAGACUGGUCCACUGGAAGAAUGGACAGCAGUGAUGUGCGGCUGGUGUGCAGUGACUCUGCAGGCUGCGUCAGUGUGCUCUCCCUGGCUGAAGGCGCUCUGACGACUCUGUCACAGUGGAAGGCCCAUGACUUUGAGGCCUGGAUCUCAGCCUUCUCCUACUGGGACACACAGCUGGUUUACUCUGGUGGUGAUGAUUGCAAACUCAAAGGCUGGGAUCUCAGGGUUGGUCCGUCCUGCCCCACUUUCACCAGUAAAAGACACUCAAUGGGUGUGUGCAGUAUACACAGCAACCCCCACCGGGAACACAUCUUGGCUACAGGCAGCUACGAUGAGCAGGUUUUGGUCUGGGAUGGCAGGAACAUGCGGCAGCCUCUCAGUGAGAGUCCCAUGGGUGGUGGAGUGUGGAGGCUGAAGUGGCAUCCAACCCAUCAGCACCUGCUGCUGGCAGCCUGCAUGCACAAUGACUUCCACAUCCUUCACUGCCAGCAGGCAUUAGAGGAGAGUGGACGAGCUUGUCCUGUCAUAGCCUCCUAUAUCCUGCACAACUCCCUGGCGUACGGAGCCGACUGGUCCCGGCUAUCCCUGGAGGAACCGGCUCCCUGCUCCCCUGUAGCUGCAGAACCAAAGAAAAGCCUCGCAGAGAGUAGAGGUCACUUGAGAAUUCAGUAUGAAUCUCCCACUGCCAGCUUUGACACCUCUCUGGAGGAUGAUGCAGGACGAUACAUCCCAGAGGGCAUUGCAGCACCCUCUGUCACCGCUACUGCAGGCCCUACCCUCAACCCUAAAGAGGAUGCCCCAUCACAGUCCUAUCUGCUGGCAAGCUGCUCCUUCUAUGACCAUAUGCUCCAUUUGUGGCGCUGGGACUGGACUCCAGAUCAGGCUCCACCGGAAUCAGAGCCAUGUUGACCCGGCUGGAGCACUGGCUGCACUGACACCAUAGAAAUAACUUG